UGAGGAGAAGCAGAGUGUGUGUGUGUGUGUGUGUGAGUGAGUGAGAGAGAGAGAGACCGACCGAAGGGAGGAGUCAUGGAAAGGAGAGCAGCUGGAGCUACACUCGUUACUUCAUCUUAACCAAAUUUACACUAAAUACAGUAUUACUCAAACCAGAAGAAAAUAUAUAUAUAUAUAUCCUUCUUUCUGUCAUUGUCCCAGCUGUAAUGCUAGUAUGCAGUCAGGCUAGCGCUGUGACUAAAUCUGUAAAGUUUGAAGUUUAGGUGAAGGAGAAAGAAAAGUUUUCUUGUUGAGCGGUUUUGAUUAGUUUUUGAAGUGGAAUUUGGGGAGAGCGCAACAUUUUGGCUCCGCGAAAACAUCUUCAAUCAAAGAAAAACGAAAUAACUUUAAACAAACAAACAAAAAAGCAGGAAAAUUAUCUGGGAGAGGGAACUUUCAAACACAUGUAGAUGUUUAAUGGUUCAGUUUUCUCUGUCGCUGCCAGAAGCAUCCCAGUGGAACCAGGCUGUCUCCUUGGAGUAAGCGAUGAUACAGGAGUCAACGCAAGGAGAGUUUAAGUAAUGAGAAGCCAUCAUGGAAGCCCAGUCCCAUACCACCACCGCAGCUGAGAAGAAGAAAGUUCAAAACUCCAUUGUGAAGGGCUCCACUCGAACAGAUGUUAGCGAGAAAGCAGUUGCCUCCAGCACAACUUCCAAUGAGGAUGAAAGUCCUGGACAGCCUUAUCAGAGAGAAAGAAGAAACGCAAUCUCAAUGCAGCCGCACUCAGGAGGACAAGGUCUUGGAAAAAUCAGUGAGGAGCCCUCAACAUCCGCUGAGGAGAGAGCCUCUCUGGUGAAAAAGGAGAUCCAUGGAUCCCAUUCCCACCUGGCCGAACACUCGGUCCCUUACCGCGGGACGCUAUUCGCAAUGGACCCAAGAAAUGGUUAUAUGGAUCACCAUUACCCCCCACCACAUCUUUUCCCAGCCUUCCACCCUCCUGUUCCGAUCGACGCCAGGCAUCACGAGGGCCGUUACGUGUAUGAGCCGUCCCCUGUUCCCCCGCUGCAUGUGCCUCCUGGUAUCGCAAGCAGUCCCGCAUUCUCCGACAUCUCCCUGAUCAGGAUUUCCCCUCACAGGAACCCUUCAGCAGCAGCCGAGUCUCCCUACAACCCUCCUCACCCCUACAUUAACCCCUACAUGGAUUACAUAAGGUCCCUGCACAGCAGCCCCUCCCUGUCCAUGAUCUCAGCUGCCAGGGGACUCAGCCCCACCGAUGUACCACAUGCAGGCAUUAGCCCAGCUGAAUAUUACCAUCAAAUGGCCCUGCUGGCAGGUCACAGGAGUCCAUAUGCUGACAUCAUUCCUUCAGUAGCAACCACAGCAGGGGUGGGGGCCACUGCUCUCCAUAUGGAGUACCUGCAAGCCAUGGAAUGUUCCAGGUUUCCUAGUCCCAGGCUGUCAGCUCGCCCCAGCCGCAAGAGAGCCCUGCCUAUUUCCCCUCUCUCCGACCACAGCUUUGACCUACAGACCAUGAUAAGGACAUCUCCAAACUCCCUGGUUACCAUCCUGAAUAAUUCCAGAAGCAGCUCCUCAACAAGUGGCUCAUAUGGCCACUUAUCUGCAGGUGCAGUGAGCCCUGCUCUGAGCUUUGCCUACCCUCCUACCCCAGUGGCCCUCCAGCAGAUGCAUCAGCAGUUAAUGAGUCGUCAGCCAAGCAUAGGCUCUGCCUUCGGACACAGCCCUCCCCUCAUCCAUCCUGCUCCGACUUUUGCCACCCAAAGGCCCAUCCCCGGUAUCCCAAAUGUCCUGAGCUCAGCACAAGUCAGCACAGGGCCUUCCGAGUCCACACAGAACAAGCCCACCAGUGAGUCAGCAGUGAGCAGUACGGGAGACCCAAUGCAUAACAAGCGCUCCAAGAUCAAACCAGAUGAAGAUCUUUCCAGCCCAGGUGCAGGAAGCAUGCAGGAACAGCCUGAAGGAAUGACCUUGGUAAAGGAAGAGGGAGACAAGGAUGAAAGCAAGCAAGAGCCUGAGGUGGUAUACGAGACAAACUGUCAUUGGGAAGGCUGUUCCCGAGAGUUUGACACACAGGAACAGUUAGUCCAUCAUAUUAACAAUGACCACAUCCAUGGGGAGAAGAAAGAGUUUGUCUGUCGCUGGCUGGAUUGCUCUAGGGAGCAAAAGCCUUUUAAGGCUCAGUACAUGCUGGUGGUUCACAUGAGGAGACACACAGGGGAGAAACCACACAAGUGCACGUUUGAAGGUUGUAUUAAGGCCUACUCCAGACUUGAAAACUUGAAAACCCACUUGCGGUCUCACACUGGAGAGAAACCAUACGUCUGCGAACAUGAAAGCUGCAACAAGGCCUUCUCCAACGCUUCGGACCGAGCCAAGCACCAGAACAGAACCCACUCAAACGAGAAACCUUACAUUUGUAAGAUCCCCGGCUGCACAAAGCGUUACACUGACCCAAGUUCCCUCCGAAAGCACGUCAAGACAGUCCACGGCCCUGAGGCUCACGUGACAAAGAAGCAGCGUGGAGACAUCCAUCCACGACCUCCUCCCAGAGACCCUGGCAGCAACUCCCAGUCCAGAUCCCCAGGACAGCACCCUCAAGGGGGCUUCAGAGACCAAAGGGAUUACAACCACACUACCUCAAAGCAGGACGAAUGUCUGCAGGUUAAGGCAAUAAAGACAGAGAAACCUAUGGCGUCUCAGCCAAGCCCUGACGGUCAGUCUUCAUGCAGCAGUGAACAGCCCCCCAGCAGCAACAAUUCCAGCAGUGGAAUCCAGCUUGCUCUGAAUGGUGGAGGCAGCAUGGGAGACCUCAGUGCCAUUGAGGAGGCCCCCAUCAUGGAUUCUACAGUGUCCACAGCAACCGCAGCACUCGGCCUGCAGGCCCGGAGGAAUGUGGCAGGGAUGAGAUGGAUGGAGCAGGUCAAAAUGGAGAGGCUGAAACAAGUCAAUGGAGCCCUACCAAGGCUGAGCCCCGUUCCACCUCCAAAAGGCCCAUCCCUGCCUCCCGUUUUAGGAAAUGGCUCACGGACCGGCUCCUACAAUACUGGCGGUGGAUCCAUGACCAUCCUUCCCAAUAGGAAUGAGCUCUCCAUCACUGACAUCACAGUAUUGAACCUGUUGAACGACCGACGGGACAGCACGACCAGCACCGUAAGCUCAGCCUACCUGAGCAGCCGGCGCUCUUCAGGAAUCUCUCCCUGCUUCUCCAGCCGCAGGUCCAGCCAGGCCUCGCAGGCCGAGGGGCGGCACCACAACAUCAGCGUGACAGACUCAGCGUACGACCCCAUCUCCACAGAUGCUUCUAGACGCUCCAGCGAAGCCAGCCAGAGUGGCGGUGGGAAUGGCGGAGGCUUGCUGAACCUCACACCUGCCCAGCAUUACAGGCUCAAGGCCAAAUAUGCUGCUGCUACUGGGGGACCGCCACCAACACCACUGCCAAACAUGGAACACAUGAGCCUAAAAACCAGAAUGGCGAUGAUGGGCGACUGCAAGGAAACCGGGCUUUCUCCUUUGCCUCCUGUGAACGUGCCGCGGAGAUGCAGUGAUGGCACGGCUAAUGGAUAUGGUAGGAGGGGUCUUUUGCCUCAUGAAGCACUAGGGAACAGUAUACGGAGAGCCAGUGAUCCUGUAAGGACAGUAUCUGACCCAUUUAACCUUCCCAGAGUCCAGCGGUUCAACAGCCUCAACAAUGUGAACCCUCUCCCCAUGCCUCCGUUCACAGAAAGGAGAAACUUGAGUCUCCAGAACUACAACCGCUCUGAUGGCAACCUGCGUCGCUCCAUGUAUUCACCUUGCCCCCCCAGCAUCAGCGAGAAUAUUGCCAUGGAAGCAAUGGCAAUGGAAGCAGAGGGUCUCCUUAGCGAUGAGGACAUCCUGCCCGAUGAUGUGGUGCAGUACCUUAACUCCCAGAACCAGGCACUCUACGACAACCUGAACGCCAUACCAAGAAGUGAAGGCCCCCAGAACAUCACAGCAGGCAUACCUGAUAGGUAUGAUCAGUUGCAGGCACCAGCAGUAGGCCAGCAGUACCAUAGCCCUGAGCAUGAAACAAACAAGGACGACAUGCCUAUCCAGUGGAAUGAGGUCAGCUCAGGGAGUACUGACAAGUCGCCUCCCAAGCAGAAGUAUGGACAGCGACCACCAGCCAGCCAGCCCAACCGGACCUUUGGGCUGUUUAACAACAUGGUGGUACAGCAACAACAACAACAGCAGCAGCAGAACAUACCUAGGGACAACCAAGAGAUCUAUGCCAACCAACAAAAUGACUACCAGCAAAACAUUGAGAUGGACACAUAUAAUGUCCAGGAUGCUUUGGGUAAUACAAACAAUGCUGGCAGUGCUUUUGGCGUACAGAUGAACAAAGGGCAACAGCAAUACAGACAUAAUUUUGGGAGGAUUGAUAAUUCUUACAACGGGGAUGCACAGAGCCAGGAGAUCAGAAGCAAUGGCAUACAGAUGAUAAAUGACAACCAACACAACAUCAUGCAGGCCUCUGUGGCAGCAGGAUGCCAAGUUGCCAACAUGACUGGUGAACUACAGCAGCGGGCACAUUCUAUCCAGCGUAAUUACAUGCAGACCCAGCCAAUGGUCCAGCAAAUGAAUGAGGGUUUACCCUUUCAAGGAUUGAACAGAGGGAACCCAAUUGCUAUGGGACAAUACCCCUCUCACUCUCAGUCUGCCCAAGGCCAAGUGCUGCAGGGCUAUUCUCAGUUAGCGCCUGUUACUCAGCAAAACAGUGUUAUGUAUAAUUCCAAUAGGCAGCAGCAGAGGAACAACAUGGCACAGCAGGGUCAAAUGAGGAAUGGGAACCCAACAUUUCAGGUUACUAGUGUGAAGUUGGAAAUGCAGGACCAGCUACAACAGACCUCCUGCUCUGGGAUGCAGAAUUACCCAGGACAGGUGUUUGACCAAAACAUGGGCUUCAAACCGGCAGCCGUAAAGCCUGCCUCAUUCUCUGACCAGGAGAACAAUUGUAUGCUGGGUGCUACCACCAACAAUAACGACCCCUCCGAGCUUCUGUCUCCAGGGGCCAACCAGGUCACCAGCACAGAGGAAAACAACAGCAAUAGCCUGGACAAUGUUCAGUUGGAUUUUGAUGCCAUCCUGGAUGAUGGGGACCAUGCUAGCUUAAUUUCCGGGGUCUUGAGUCCAAGUAUCUUUCAGAACCUCUCCAGGAACUCUUCCCGCCUCACCACUCCUCGAGCUUCAAUGCCAUUCCACAGCGUGCCUGGCGGCCUCACCAAUAUGGCUGUUGGGGACAUGAGUUCUUUGCUGACCUCCCUUGCAGAAGAAAGCAAAUUUCUUGCCAUCAUGCAAUAGACAUUCAUGACUGAUAUAUUGAACUACAGGAAAAGGGACUUUUAAUAGACAAAGUUUAACAAAACAAAAUCAAAGUAAGACGUGCUGUAGCCAUCUCAUCCUUGGAAAGGGAUGCUUUUAAAGUAUAUUCCUUUUCUGGAAUGAAGACUUUUUUUUUAAGCCCUUAUAUUUUGUAUUUUUCAUUAUUAUAUUAGGAAGAUAUUGUCUUCCAUUGAUGUAAUUGAAACAGUAUUCUGUGUAUUGUCACCGUUUUUGCUGUAAAAUGUAGAUAUACUGCAUGUUGUAAGGUCAAAUGUAAACACUGUCUUCAUUGGUUAGUAAGGUGAUCCAUCUGGUGAUGUUGUGACUGAAGAGCAAUUAAGUGGACAUCUGCAUAGAAGUUGUCGGCACUACAGGUUAAAACGGGUUUAAAAAUCACAUACAACUGGACCCAAAGGGUGUGUUUUUUCAUUCUUGUUUGCUGACGUGUAUACUUCAUUCUUCAAAAGCUUACAGACAUGCUCAAAUUUGUUGGUACCCUUACAGCUCAUUGAAAUAAUGCUUCAUUCCUCCUGAAAAGUGAUGAAAUUAAAAGCUAUUUUAUCAUGUAUACUUGCAUGCCUUUGGUAUGUCAUAGAAUAAAGCUAAGAAGCUGUGAAAAGAGAUGAAUUAUUGCUUAUUCUACAAAGAUAUUCUAAAAUGGCCUGGACACAUUUGUUGGUACCCCUUAGAAAAGAUAAUAAAUAACUGGAUUAUAGUGAUAUUUCAAACUAAUUAGUUUCUUUAAUUAGUAUCACACAUGUCUCCAAUCUUGUAAUCAGUCAUUCAGCCUAUUUAAAUGGAGAAAAGUAGUCACUGUGCUGUUUGGUAUCAUUGUGUGCACCACACUGAACAUGGACCAGAGAAAGCAAAGGAGAGAGUUGUCUGAGGAGAUCAGAAAGAAAAUAAUAGACAAGCAUGGUAAAGGUAAAGGCUACAAGACCAUCUCCAAGCAGCUUGAUGUUCCUGUGACAACAGUUGCAAAUAUUAUUAAGAAGUUUAAGGUCCAUGGAACUGUAGCCAACCUCCCUGGGCGUGGCCGCAAGAGGAAAAUCGACCCCAGAUUGAACAGAAGGAUAGUGCGAAUGGUAGAAAAAGAACCAAGGAUAACUGCCAAAGAGAUACAAGCUGAACUCCAAGGUGAAGGUACGUCAGUUUCUGAUCGCACCAUCCGUCGCUUUUAGAGCGAAAGUGGGCUCCAUGGAAGAAGACCCAGGAGGACUCCACUUUUGAAAGAAAAACAUAAAAAAGCCAGACUGGAAUUUGCUAAAAUGCAUAUUGACAAGCAACAAUCCUUCUGGGAGAAUGUCCUUUGGAAAACUGGAGUCAAAACUGGAGCUUUUUGGCAAGUCACAUCAGCUCUAUGUUCACAGACGAAAAAAUGAAGCUUUCAAAGAAAAGAACACCAUACCUACAGUGAAACAUAGAGGAGGCUCGGUUAUGUUUUGGGGCUGCUUUGCUGCGCCUGGCACAGGGUGCCUUGAAUCUGUGCAGGGCACAAUGAAAUCUCAAGACUAUCAAGGCAUUCUGGAGCGAAACGUACUGCCCAGUGUCAGAAAGCUCUGUCUCAGUCGCAGGUCAUGGGUCCUCCAACAGGAUAAUGACCCAAAACACACAGCUAAAAGCACCCAAGAAUGGAUAAGAACAAAACAUUGGACUAUUCUGAAGUGGCCUUCUAUGAGUCCUGAUCUGAAUCUUAUCGAACAUCUAUGGAAAGAGCUGAAACUUGCAGUCUGGAGAAGGCACCCAUCAAACCUGAGACAGCUGGAGCAGUUUGCUCAGGAAGAGUGGGCCAAACUACCUGUUAUCAGGUGCAGAAGUCGCAUUGAGAGCUACAGAAAACGUUUGAUUGCAGUGAUUGCCUCUAAAGGUUGUGCAACAAAAUAUUAGGUUAGCGGUCCCAUCAUUUUUGUCCAUGCCAUUUUCAUUUGUUUUCUUAUUUACAAUAUUAUGUUGAAUAAAAAAUCAAAAGCAAAGUCUGAUUUCUAUUAAAUAUGGAAUAAACAAUGGUGGAUGCCAAUUACUUUUGUCAGUUUCAAGUUAUUUCAGAGAAAAUUGUGCAUUCUUCGUUUUUUGUGGAGGGGUACCAACAAAUUUGAGCACGUCUGUAUGUCUUAAUUGCCGCAGUACGUGUUCUUCUGCAUACGCUUACAUCCACCGUCCUGAUUAGGAACUGGUAAUGGUUAUGUCUCAAUUGUGGAUGGAUAUUUAGUAGCCCACAUGAUGCAUAUCUGCAUUUUUCUAUGUGUGUUUACACUGUGUGUAUAUAACUUUUUUGUUUGUAUAUUGCAUAUUCAGAAUAUGCAUAUAUUGUUUUCAUACUUUUUUGCUUUUUUGUUAGUUUUACAGUACAUGAACAUUUGGAACAUGCCAGCGUGCUUUCUCUUGAAGUUAUACAGAGAGUAUUUGAGUCCCUAGAAUUCUAUUGAGUGCAUUGUGAUUGGACAAGAGAAAAUGCUGUGGUGUAUAACUGUUUUAGUGAACUGAGGGUUUUAUUUUCUUGUUAGGAAGACUAAAAGUCUCCUAGAAUGAGGAGUUAUAUGUUCUCACAAGUAUGAUUCAGUCUUGAUGUGAGGCAUACUGUACAUCAGGGUUCAUUAACCAGGGUUAGUGUGAACCAUCCAACCUCGGAUUAGAGAAUACCUCCUUUAUAUCACUUUACGUGGGAGCUAAAAACUUGAUUUGUUCAUUAAAUAUGUUGUGUAGACCAUGUGUCCAGUUUUGUGGGGGUACUGUAUGAAAAGUACUAAUGUACAAUUUUGGCAGUGAAGUUUUCUUUAAAAAAAAACAACCCUUUUUGUUUCAAUAUUUGUCUCUGUAAAAAGAAGGUACUGCUUUUUAUUUUGUGUUUUCUUUUUUCAGUAGUGUAAAGUGUAAAGCCUAGGUACAGCUAUGUAUGUCAAAGAUGCACCAGUAUUUGUUGUCCCCUGAAGAAAAAUAAAGGGCUGUGUUCAUAAAGCAUGUUUAUCAAGGGUUUCCUAUUUAAAUGUGGUUACAUAUGUGCAAGUUGAGUUACACAUUUCAAGCUUAAAGGAGCUUUCAAUGAAAUUUCAACCGUUAUUCAUAUAAUAUAAACAGGAUUUACUGAGCCCUAAGUGUUUAAGGUAUGUGCCUUAUUUGUGUUCAUGUUACAAAGAGCUUAACAGGAACACUGCCGAAUUCCAUUGUUAAGUAUUAAUACUGUUUGACAUUUCUUGUAACCUGUAGCAUUUCAUUGUUUGAAAACCCAUUUUUUAUUGUUUGAAAACUCAUCAGUUUUUGGGAGGCAUUGUGGUGCAUCUUGCAGACUUGUAAAAUACACAACUUUGAAUUAUUUUUCUUUUCUUUUUUUAGAGCUUUUUGUAAAACCGUAAUUGCAAGUAAUCAUUUUUGUAUCUGUAAAUACAUUAUAUGUUAUCUAGAUUUAGAACUUACAUAAAAACAAGAUUCACUGGCCAACAUUUGAUGAAUUUUACAGCAGGGAUUCAAAGGUCCAAGCCUUGGUUCAGACAGAAGGCUCUGUAGCAUUGUGUGCAUAGAACAAUGUGCAUUUGCUGUCAGAACUGCUUAGCUCUUUUAUAACUGAGGGAAAUGUUUGUACAAUUUUAAUAAAAAAAGAACUAUAUUUGAUCCCUGUUUUUAUUUUUGCAGUUGGCGAUUGUUGAAUUGGCUCAGUCCUUUUUCUGUUAAGCACAGUCCCCAACAGAACAUGCUCGUCAAGUUGACUAAUAUCACCCUAGACACCGUUUACUGGUAUUGCAAAUGCAGUCAUGAUUAGAAAUGCAAAUAAUGACAUAAACUGCAACACUCAUAUGUUAAAAUGAAAAAUCUUAUAUGCAAUUUGACCAGAGAUUAUGUUAAACCUAGGAAUCUGGUUUUAAGCUCCUUUUUGACUACGACAAUGUGUUAGAGAUAGGUUGCAUAUUACGUAAUGUACUGUGUAUGGUUUGGCAUAUGAAUGCUUCAGUUAGAAAUAAAUAAAGAAAAUACACUUCCUUAUUCCUGGUACAAAUGACUUCCUGUGUU